CUCUUCUUUAACUAGAUCAUCUUGUGUACGCAUAUUGCUACUUGUUUUUUGUUCUUUUCUUUCUUCUACUGUUCAUCUUUUUAAUACUAGUAAUCACUUUUUUUCUUGUUAAAUUUAAUCUUCUAAUGGCUAUUUAUCAAACUGAAAUACCACUGCCGAGCCGAAUUGAUAGUGUCAUGGUGCCGCCUGUGGUCAAAUGUCAAAAGAACCCAUUUUCGAUCAGCGCAUUGGAGCAUAAGCUGGCUCUUCAAGAAGUCGAAAUUGCGUCGCUACGUUCCGAGCUCGCACGCCAUAAACUAGACUUGCAGACCAUCAACGAAAAAUAUGUGGCUGAAAUUGAACGUGCGGCUGACAUCCAACACGAAAAGGAUUUGGCUGAGCGAGAACUCGAGGAGCUAAGUUGUCGAUUGUUUGAGGAGGCCAAUAGUAUGGUAGCAACGGAGAGACGCACAAAGUGGCAAUUGGAACGUCGACUCCAACAGACGCAAGAGCACCUCAUAGCUGAGCAAAGUCAACUGCAGGAAUUACGUCAGCGGUUAGAACAGCAGUGUGUUGAGCCGGCACACGCUACAGUCAAUUCAGCUUUUCGAUUCCCCAGCGUGGUUGAUGAUGCCAUCGAAGCCAAAGGCUUACAAUUUGACAAAUUCUGUGCCUUUGUACGCCCAUCAAGCCAGACAAACCAUAAGAGGUUAGGCCAGUUUCCCUACGUCCAGGACUGCCAGAUCGAGGAUAUCGAACCUUGUUUACGAUUCGGGGCCCGUGCCCAGCGUUCCAUUAAAGAAUUGAUCGAACACCUGGAACGCCAACCCUGCUUUAUCGAACAUAUCGGGCCUCGUACCUCUACAGAAUCUUUAUCCUUCCCCGUGCUUCCACCGGCAGCUGUCAUUGGGUCGCAACAAGAGAGAUCCAAUCAAUAUUAUGACCAUGCCACGAUGCAGUUGCCGCUGCCAUCCUCAUUAUGGGGACGAUUUUCUUCCCCCCAAAAUCCUACAACAACGUGUUCGGUUUGCGGACAAUGUUCAUCUGAGGACCAGCAAGUUUUCCUUAAUUACCGCUUCCGGCUAAACGAACAAGACGAGUGGGUCCUCAUUGAUGAGCAGUGUCGAAACCGUUUGGUAGCCGUGUGUGAAUUUUAUGUGUUUCUCCGCAAUAUUCAGAUGGGACAUUAUGGCGAUCAUUCUAUCGGUACCUUGUAUUCCGAAAGCAUCCGUCUUCGCUUGCACAUGUUUUAUUCAAGAACUGGAGCAUGGCCAACCACGCCCUCAGAAGAUCAUGAGCCUCCCGUAGGUAAAGCUUCUUCGAUCGCCAGUCUGGAUGCUUCCUCUGACGACGGAUCCGAAGGAUCGUCGAUUGCAACCACUGGAUCGGAUAUUCCUAUGCAAACAAAAGCGACGGCCACGAUUGGGUAUCGAUGCCACAGUGGGGAUGCAGCGUGGGCAAUGGAAUCACUCUAUCACCGACGUUCGGUUAGAUAGACCUAUAUUUUUUUCUUUUGUUCCCGGCAUUCCUCAGGGUCUUUCUUGUCAACAUAUAAUGUUUUGGUUUUUUAAUAUUCUACAUUCUACAUUCAUACUAUUAUAUUAGUUUCAGGGGACGUUCAAAAUUCAUGAUUGUAACAUACAUCCUUUAAGAAUAAUUCCAGUUACGUGUGGCGACACUAUUUCUUUCCAUCAUGCUCUGAUAAUGUAAUUCGUUUUUAG